AUGUUUACUACUGCUGAAAUCAAGGAACAUCUAACGAAGGCCUUUUCAUCUUUGCAGGAAAAUGUUUACAAGGGUAAGCUUACACAUUCUGAAAAAAUCCAAGCAUUCCAAAAGUACUUUGAAACUGUCUAUAACCCAAUGGAACUUGUUCAAACCGUCUGUUACGCGGCGCCAAUUUUAAAAGAGAAAUUUGAAAAACGAAUUGCCAAAAAGAAAUUUCCCAAAGCUGUAAAACCUGAAUUUAAAUAUGAUUUGGCUUUUGAGUGUGAACCACCCAAAUUUCCAAAUUUACCCAGUGCAGACUUUGCUUUGUCAUUUUUUGCCCCUUACCCAGAUUGGUUCACAUGUGGGAACAUUUUUAAUGUACUGAAAAAUGAACAACAAAGACCUGCUAAAAGAGUAGUUGCAACCAAAGAUACCUUAGACAGUUUCAAAGGCUUUCUUCACUUUGACUUGGAUGCAUUGAGAAUUACCUCUCCGACAUGUGAAGCUGUCGAAAGGAAGGUGGUGAAGAAAGAGAAUCCUGUAGUGAAAGCCAGCUCGAAUACUGCCUUUAAGCCAACUACCUCUUCAAGCCAGGGAGCUCCUUCUGCCAAGGAUGUUGCUCCAGAAAAAACAAAGAAGAGUUCAAAGGGUAGUGGUAAACCUCCUUUAACGCCAAAGAAAAGAAAAGUCCCAACUGAAAGCAUAAUUAUUGUCGAAGAGGAUGAAGAAGAAACUCCUCCAACUCCACUUAAGAAGAAACAAAAAAAGAAUAAGGCAACAGUUUCCCCUUGCCAAACAAACAAACAAACAACAAGGUGUCGAAAUCAAAAAUCUCCCUCCUCCUUCAAAGGAAACUCAAUCUCAGCCCUCUGGUGGCGCAGUGCUAGAGCACAUUGGGAGGAAAAACCUACUACUCCCCUCAUAUCUACUGCCAAUCAGAGUGAUCCUUCGAGCGGCAUGAAUCCAUCUCCUCCUCCGAUAAUCAGCGGUGCUGUUCAAAACAAAGGAUCUUCGACUGGAGCCCAAAAUCUCGAAGCAGAUAAUUCCCAGAACGAACAAGAAACCUCUUCCCCUAGUGAAGAUGGUAAAAAAGAUUCGAAGCAAGCUGAAGAGAAGGAUUCAGAAGAAAAAGAAGAUUCUGAGGAUACUCCCAGUAAUUCUCCUCCAAGAGUUACGUUCCCUUUAGAUUACACUGACGAAGAUGAUCAAGAUUCUGAUGAGAUUGAGGGGUACUUUCAGCAAGAUGAAGACAUGAGUGAGGGAGAAGCUGAUCCUGAAGGAAAUCAGACUGGAACUGGUGAUGUUUUUGUCAAAACAGUCCCAAAUCCAACUAACGUUCGAUCAUCCACAAUCCAGACUUCGCCUAUAUCACUUACUGAGGAGGAGAAAAAUGCUUUGAAACAAAAUGAUCCCCUAAAGUAUGUAAGAUUGAUGAUGGCUCAAAGAGAAUCUUCUUCAGAAAAAAGCAUUUCUGGAACUUCGACCCACUCUGGUGCCAGUGCAAACGAAGCAUCACAUGACGAACUCCUUAAGCAGGUGAAGAAGGUUGUUUUUGAUGUGGAUCUCUUUGAAGAAUUUAAGAAGGAUGUGGGAGCAAGCUUUGGCAUAAAGAAGCUGAUAGGCAAGAUCAACAUCACUGCUUGCCCCACUGAUAUAGGUGAAGCCCUUAUCGACAUCCAGAACCUCAUUGACCAAGUCUAUGCUGAAUACCGUAGGGAGGUGGAUGCCAAAGCAAAGCUUCAAUCAACUGAACAAGCUCAAGCUACUGAGUUUGAUAAUGCCCUUCGAACUUCAAAAUCCUCUGAGGAGUUAGCUGCUUCCAAAAAAUCAGCCCAAGCAGAAUUCGACACUUAUACUACUUCGAUACGACUUUGGGAAUCUCACAUUGCAUAA